GGACGGCCGUCGCCUGACUGGCGAGAGCACCACCGUGACGUUCUCGGAGAUGAUGUACGCAGAUGGGUCCGAGAUCGACAUUGAACUCAACGCCACCAUCACUGACAACGCUAUCGAUUUCGACUUGCAGUACGGGAUGGACGAGGCGACCCAGUUUGAAGUGCACCUGUCUGCUGCGGACUCUGCCGAGGCAGGGGAGGCCUCCCUGGACUUAGCCGUCGUGAUUUCAGACGUGGAAGUUGCCAAGGUCGAAUUUUCUUCAACCGACUCGACCGACGAGACGACGUUCUCCGUGCUGAUCAAGGCCCCAGACAGUGGCGAUACCAUCGCCAGCGUGUCUGCCACCUCGAGCGCAAGCGCUGGCGAAUCCCUCUCGGCUCGCGUCUAUAACCCCGAGGAUGGUACCGAGUUCAUUACCGUCACGGGUACAAACAGCAGUGCGUCCAUGAGCUUCUCGGCGGUCGUGAAGGACCCCAGUGAUUCCUCCAGCACCUUGCUCGACGCGUCUGCCGGGGCAACCUACACUGGUGCUGACACGGAGGACGGCACCUUGGAGGUCACGGUAAGCGUCGGAGGUGACCAGAUCGUGUUGAGCGGAACCUUGGCGGAUUCCUAUCGCACACAGGGCGGCUUUACGAUGGACGCCUCUCUCUCGGUUGCCGGUAGCACCGCAGGGCGGGUCGACGUCGAUGGCACCCACGACGACACUGGCUUGACUGUCGUCGCGUUGGUUGAAGUGCCCUCAGAUGGCAGCUAUGAGCAGAUUCUCAAGCUGGACCCUCUGAUUCUGGUGACGAAGAGUACAAAUUACACGGUCCGCGCCACCGUCCACGACAGCAGUGACACAGAGAUGGGUACAGCUGGCGUGUCGCUCACCAAUGAACCUACCAGUGGGCAGGCGCAAGAUGUGGACAUCAAUCUAUUCAGCCCCAUGGACUCCAGCCUCAACGCUACCAUGUCCGUUUCAUUGGCCAGCGGAGUGCUCGACAUGCUCACAGACGCAGCGGAGAUUCCAUGCCUGCAGGGUUCGUGCUCCCUGGAUGUGGGGCUGCAAAGCCAGCACAUGGAUUUGGUUUUUUCGUCGAUGACAUCAGAUGAUCAGGAAGACUACCGCGCGGUUCUCGGCAUGACUGCACGCGACACGCUCUAUUACGCAGGGGCGUCAGUCACUGUGCAGAGCGUGAAUAUGAUAGCAGCAGACAUUCAGCUAGGCGACGGCAACUCGGCCAUCGCAAUCGACCAGUUUGCCAUGUCAUCCACUGGCACCAUCAAGGACGAAAACAACGCGAAGAUCAUUGGAUGGGAUCUGAGCGCCGACGUAUCAUCUUCCUCUCAAUCUGUGGACCUGACUGUCGACAGCGGAUCCAGCCCCAUCCUCGAGGUGG